GGAGCAGCGAGGUUGGCUUUAAUAGCGGAAGAAGUUUGCUAUCACGAUGUGAUUCCGAAGAUUACAACUUACCUGAAGAAUAUGAUUGAGCCGUGGUUAGAUGGGAGUUUUAAAGCAAACGGGUUUCUGUAUGAUCCUAAAUGGGGAGGUUUGGUCACGAAGCUAGGAUCAAAAGAUUCACAUGCUGAUUUUGGGUUCGGUAUGUAUAACGAUCAUCAUUAUCAUGUAGGGUACUUUCUCUACGCUAUUGCCGUGCUUGGUAAGUUAGAUCCUUUGUGGGGAGAGAGAUACAGAGCUCAAGCGUACAGUCUAAUGGGGGAUUUCAUGACAUUGGGGGAAAAAGGUGAUCAUUCAAAUUCAAAUUCUAGUUAUCCCCGUUUAAGAAAUUUUGAUCUUUUCAAGUUACACUCUUGGGCUGGAGGGUUAACGGUUUGGGACGGAAGAAAUCAAGAGAGCACGAGUGAGGCCGUAAACGCUUAUUACUCCGCCGCUUUGUUAGCGCUAGCUUACGGGGACACACAUCUGGUGGAGACGGCUUCAACGAUCAUGACGCUUGAGAUACACGCCGCGAAGAUGUGGUGGCAGGUGAAGGAAGGUGACGCUAUGUAUCCUAAAGAUUUCACGGCUGAGAAUCGUGUGGUUGGUGUUUUAUGGUCUACAAAGCGAGACAGUAGCCUAUGGUUCGGGCCUAAGGAGUGGAAAGAGUGUAGGCUCGGGAUACAGCUCUUACCGAUACUUCCGGUGUCGGAAAUUCUCUUCUCAGAUGUACAAUUCGUGAAGGAGCUCGUGAAGUGGGCUUUGCCUGCGUUGCAUAGAAACGACGUCGGAGAAGGCUGGAAAGGAUUCGUAUAUGCUCUGGAAAGUCUUUACGACAAAAAAGGCGCUAUUAAGAAGAUUCAGAAAUUAAAUAAGUUUGAUGAUGGAAACUCUUUGAGUAAUCUAUUGUGGUGGGUUAACAGUAGAGACUGAUCUCAUGGGUGGUGUUUGUUCAUUGUUGUUCGAUUUUCGUUUUUUUGGUUGUUUAACUAAUGUUGCUUUGUAAAGCAAAAGUUGGUUCAUCUCAUCACAUAAUGUGAGAUUUUAGACGGUUUCAAUGUUUACC